AUGAGCGCGUGAGUAACAAUCACGAGCCUAGCAACGGGCACGCUCAAGAUCCUCGACAUUUCAACUCGCAUCGAGUGUGGAAGGUACCCAUGUCGUCAUCAUCCACCUUCGACGCGAACGUGCCGUGUUGCACACCACACCCUGCACGCCGGACUCCACUGACACCGACUCCUACUCCACUCCACUCCUACCCCAGAUCCUCGUCCUUGCUUCCCCACGCUCAAGCGCCCUACAUCGUCUUCACCGACUUUGACGGCACCAUCACCACGUGCGUACCUCCCUCCAGGCUUCGUUCGCGAGAGCAACUCGACAGCUCCCGAGUGACCCACCGCACACCGCAGGUAGCUCACAUCCUGUCUGCAUUCGUCUACAGCGAGGACUCGAACGAUGCCGCCACCGACAACGUAAGUACAGAUCUCGGAGAAUCCACCCUGGCGUCCACUGCACCCCGCACGCUCGACUAGGACCGGCGCUGACGGCCGAGAUCAACUCGUCUUCCCACAGCUCGGUUGUGGACUCGAGAAACGACGCGCGAUCAACCUCGAGAUUCUCAACGGCACCAAGGACUUUAGGUCAGUCGAACCUUGGGAUCUGCAUGGUCCGUUAGGGCAGGGCUUUGUGCUGAUCACGAUGUCGUCCUCCCGAAAAUUUCCGCGUGCAGGGACGCGUUCCGAGAAAUGAUCGACUCGGUCGCGGCUAACAAGACCUUUGACGAGACGCGCGAGUACCUUCGCAGCAGGAUCAAGCUCGAUGCCGGCUUCAAGUCCUUCUUCGAAUGGUGCAAGGCCCAUGACGUCCCCGUCGUCAUCGUCUCGUCCGGCAUGGUCCCCAUCAUCCGCGCCAUCAUGGAAAAUCUCGUCGGCAAAGAGGACGCGGCCAAGAUCGACAUCAUCGCCAACGACGUCGAGUACCUCCCCGACGGCAAGUGGACCAUCAAGUUCCGUCACCCCGAAUCGGGCUUUGGCCACGACAAGUCGCGGUCAACGUCCCCUUACCGCGAUCUCGAGCACAAGCCGACCCUUUUCUUUUGCGGCGACGGCGUCUCUGACCUUUCGGCCGCGCGUGCGGCGGACCUCUUGUUCGUCAAGGUCGUUCCGGGCCAUACGAACGACCUGUCCGUGCAUUGCGAUCGGGAAAAGAUACCCUACGUCGCGUUCGAGCAGUUCUUGCAGGUCAAGGUCAGUCCGGAUCUGACAUUGGCUUCUUAGCACCCUGCACGGAGCGCAUCUAAUCGGAAUUUCCUGUGUCCCUCUCUUUCACCUCGCUCUGCAGGACGCUGUAGCCGAUGUGAUCGAGAAGCGGGCGACGAUCGAGCAGUUGUUGAAGCAAUAG